UACAGUGGCAGGAGGGAGCUGUCUUGGGAAGAAAGAGGAAAAGAAUGCUGGCCGUCAAACAGCGAGACCAGCCUUGCCCUUGGGCCCCCUCUGGCCAGUGCUGACCAGGGCUCUCUGAGCUGCUGGCUCAUGAGGCUUAUUUGAGGACUCCCUCCUGCCACCUUGGGUCACACAGAUCAAGCUCCAGGCUGUGAGAAAAUUGGAAGGAUUACCGAAACAGCAUGGAGCCAGAGAGUGACCAACCCUUGAACAACCAUGGUGUCACUCCCUUCCGAAAGCCCCGAAGGCCCCUGGAGACCUUCAGAAAGGUGGGGAUCCCCAUCAUCACAGUGCUGCUGAGCCUGGUAGCCAUCGUGAUUGUGGCCUUCAUCAUCAAGGUGAUUCUGGAUAAAUACUACUUCAUCUGCGGAAGUCCUCUGACCUUCAUCUCCAAGGGACAGGUGUGUGAUGGCCACCUUGACUGUGCCUCGGGGGAGGACGAGGAACAGUGUGUCAAGAGCUUCCCCGAGAAGCCGGGAGUGGCAGUCCGCCUCUCCAAGGACCGAUCCACCCUGCAGGUGCUGGAUGCAGCCACAGGGACCUGGUCCUCUGCCUGUUUUGACAAUUUCACAGAAGCACUGGCCAAGACAGCCUGCAGACAGAUGGGCUAUGACAGCCAACCCAUGUACAGAGCAGUGGAGAUUGGCCCAGCCCAGGAACUUGCUGUCACUCAAGUCACAGGAAAUGGCCAGGAGCUUCAGGUGCAGAAUUCAAGUGGAUCCUGCCCCUCAAGCUCCCUGGUGUCCCUGCGCUGUCUCGGCUGUGGAAAGAGCCUGAAGUCUCCUCGUGUGGUGGGAGGGGUGGAAGCCUCUGUGGACUCGUGGCCAUGGCAGGUCAGCAUCCAAUACAACAAGCAGCAUGUCUGUGGUGGGAGCAUCCUGGACCCCCACUGGAUCCUCACGGCAGCCCACUGCUUCAGGAAGUAUCUUGAUGUGUCCAGCUGGAAGGUGAGGGCCGGCUCAGACAAACUGAACAACUUUCCAUCCUUGCCUGUGGCAAAGAUCUUCGUCACUGAGCACAAUGCCCUGGACCCUAAAAAGAAAGACAUUGCCCUCGUUAAGCUGCAGGCGCCACUCACAUUCACAGACACAGUCAAGCCCAUCUGCCUGCCCUUCUCUGAUGAGGUGCUCGUCCCAGACACACCACUCUGGGUCAUCGGAUGGGGCUUUACAGAGCAAGAUGGAGGAAAGAUGUCUGACACGCUGCUGCAGGCGUCAGUCCAGGUCAUCGACAGCACGCGGUGCAAUGCAGAGGAUGCCUACCAGGGAGAAGUGACCGCUGAGAUGCUGUGUGCAGGUACCCCACAUGGUGGUGUGGACACCUGCCAGGGUGACAGUGGUGGGCCUCUGAUGUACCACUCUGACCAGUGGCAGGUAGUAGGCAUCGUGAGCUGGGGCCAUGGCUGUGGGAGCCCCAGUACUCCUGGAGUGUAUACCAAGGUCACUGCCUAUCUUGACUGGAUCUACAAUGUGCGCAAGUCUGAGAUGUAACGCUGCAGUCCAACACAUCCAAAAGCUGCUUCCCCCUCAGACCUACCCACUGUGUGAUUUUUUUCAAAGUCAGACACAGGGAAAGAUCCUCCGUGAACACAACCCUGGUAUUUCCUGAAGCAGCCAAGGACGCAGACAAACACAUUGCAGCGGUGCCCAGAAGGAAGUCAGAUGACUUAGAUCAGCCACCCUUGCUUCUCCCGAGCUCUGGGAAGACAGGAAGUCCGCUGAGUGAAGGCAGGCCAGUGACUCAAUUCUCAGAAGUGUUACUCAGCCAAGGAGGCUCUCCCUUCCACGGAAGGAAUGGAAGUCAUCUGGCUCUCUCCUGGGAGAUCACUAAGGGAUGAGUGGAUGAGAGAAGGGUCUGGAAAGCCUUUGUCUUCUUUGCCCAGUCCUAAAACCACUGGGGUAAGAAAUCAGCCAGUUCUAAUGUAAGAUGUAUAGUCUAGUGUCUCGGUGUUUUUAUUAUUGUUAUCACUGUGCUAUCAUUAAACAGGUACGAGAAAUUGUUGGCAUAGGCUUCCUGGACUGCUUGAUAAGAAUCCAUCUAAGACUGUCACACCUUUGGUCUUCAGCCUGGUGUUACAGGACGGUUCCCUGGAAAACGUGAACAAAUGCCCAUCCGACACAGAUAGAGCACCAAUGACAAACCAAAGAAAUUAUUCCGCCUGAGUCUAGAUUGUUGAACCAAUGGGUUUACUGGUGCAUAGGUAACUUGAAGGGGGCUGCAUCAUCCUCCCCUACCAUAGCUGAUAACGCAUGAAAGAGACAUCACUGAUGUUCUCAGCACAGUGCACAGAUAGUUCCACUGAGAAGCUCUAUCCCAGAUAUCACCCCUCCCCCGGUAACUGGUGACUACUUGUAUAUACUUGGAAAGGACUUCAUGAGUCCUACGACUCUGUGGGCUUCUUGUGCCUUGUAGGCCUCAUGAACUGUCCUCUCAUUAGCUUCCUGUGUCUUAUGGGCCUCCCUCCU